GCAAAGGCAUCAAUCGAUAGAAACGAUAAUGUUGAGCAAAUGAAAGAAGAGACCUCAAUCAUUAAGGGGAAAUGCAAAAAUAAAAAUACGUUUGACGAUUCCUCGAAUAACGCCAUUCGAGAACGCAUAAAGUUAAUCGUGGAUGUUGGAUGCCAAAACAAGUGUCGCGUUACGGACGAUACGCCAUUGGUGAAACUAACUGAUCACUCAAACGCAGUGAACAAUUACGAUUGCUCUUGCAGUAAGAAUCGAGAAGUUUUAACAAAAGCAGAUGAAAAUCUUCGACUGUUACUUCGUAUAUCCUCUGUUCGCUUGCAAACUUAUUUGCAAAAUCUCGCACAUCUUACAAACGCGGAAAUAAAUUUAAUUGUUCAACGGCGGAAAUGGAAUUUGUAUGAUGAGAUAAGAAGAAAUUUUCGGCAGUUUUUAACGCAGCCGUCAUUCGCUGAUUCAAUUGAAGAAUUGUUUCAUAAAAUACUUAAUCAACUUUUCAUGUCAACAGAUUUGAUACCAAAGCGAAUCGAAGUUGACAUGGAGCAAGCAGUUCAAAAUUUUUUUGUUCAAAUCAUGCCAUCAACUUUUUUAUGCAUGACUGGCGGAUCAUGUCUAUCAGUCACUCAGUCUUACGCUAAUUGUAUUCAGAAAAACUCGAUUUCUUGGAAGAUUUUUUAUGGAGACGGACCAAAUAAAAUGGCAAUCAGUUUAAGACAAGAUAUUCUCAAGUAUCGUAUUAUCGAAAAAUCGAUUGACAAGCUAUAUAGGUUCGUUUUGGAGAGUGAGUCAGUUAAUGAAUCUUGUGUUGCGAGUUACGCAUCAAUAGUGCACUGUGGCCAGUAUUGUAUUCAGAAAUAUUCGGCAAUAGAUAUACCAGGUUAUUGUCGUGACAAAUGCCGAUCCGUCAUAGCUGGAUGUCUGGGACAAAACGCGAUAGAUUGGGAUAGCUUCAUUAUAAUACUUCGCAAAUUAAGCAUCGACUUCGAUAAAGGAUUCAGCGCAUUGGACCGAAGUAUUAUUGAUGCUAUAUCUCAUGCCUUGGAAUAUAAUGCACCAACGAUUGCCAAGACUGUUUUGAGAAAAUGUGGAGCUGUUAAUGUUUCUAAAGCUGCUAUCAAAAUUGAGUCAACCGUUCUUAAAAAACCUAACAUUGAGCGAAAAGCAGCAUCUAUGAUCCAAGAGGUUGGUGAAAAUUCGAUUUCGAUCUCAAAGUGA